CCUCCCCAGGUCCCGGGCGACAGUGACGUAAGCAAGUCUGGGCAGAGAGGUGGGAGCCAGGUCCUUGUGAACCUGAGAGGGGCCCCCUCUUCUUUGGGUUUUAAAGUGCAGCAGGAGGCAGGCACGAUGUCCUCCAGCACAGCCAGGAAAAGGGCUUUCGAUAACACGGAAGAACUGAUGCUCUCAAACAGAGAUGACCAGAGGAUGGAGACAGCAGGGGCAAUGCAGAGCAAGAAACUCCAGCCACAGGACGAGUGGAUGGAGUUUGAACCCAACUCUAGCACCUGUUAGUGGAGUGACCUCAGCUGCCAGUGGCACAUCCCAACCACGAGUGAAUUCCUCCAAAUGUACGGAACUGCCUGGACUCUCAAGAUGGCGGCUGCCAUUCAGACACAGUGCCUGGAAGCGGCCAUAUUGCCUCCUGAACAAAGCCUCCGGGGAUGCGAAGUGGGCAAAACCGCCCAGUACGGAACAGCGCAGGCUGGGGAGCCCCGCGCUUUGCUCAACCAGACAGGAAGCAGGAGAGUUCGCCAGUAUGGAUGUGACAGCGGUCCCAGGUUAAGCCGUGCCUGGCAUUUCGGGAACUGAUAAAGGAGCUGCAGGUCAGAAGGUAGCUAAGUGAGAUCUGUUUUGAUAAAAUCUCCCUGUCAUGAGAGUACCUAUUUCCUCUGAACCCGUUCCGUCCUGUCUGCAUGACUCCUGAGACUGAGAAAAAUUUACCAGGCAUCUGUCCUUUUCGAUUAGAGCAGAAAAGGAUGACGUUCCAGGGGUUAGUAUCGUUCAAGGACGUGGCUGUGGAUUUCACCCAGGAGGAGUGGCAGCAUCUGGACCCUGCUCAGAGGACCCUGUACAGGGAUGUGAUGCUGGAGAACUACAGCCACCUGGUCUCAGUGGGGCAUCCACUUUCCAAACCAGAUGUCAUCUCCAAGUUGGAACAAGGAGAAGAUCCAUGGAUCAUAAAAAGAGACAUGUCAAAUUGGAUCUAUCCAGACAGGAAGAGUUACCUUGACAAUCCCCAAUCAUGUAUUUUGGGGUCGUUUUCCUUCCACAAUAAGACAUGGAAAGGAGUCACAAAGGAUGGUUCAUUGUACUCCAUUUUAAAAAUCUGUCAAGGUGAUGGCCAGCUGCAGAGAUGCCCCGAAAACCAAGACAGAACUUUCAGUCAAGUAACAGUUAUCAAUAACAAAACAGUGACUGUGGAGUUGGGCCAUAAAUAUAAUGCAUUGGGAAAAAUGUUUCAAGAGUGCAUAGAACCAGAUACUUCAAGACAGAGACCCUAUAACUGUGAUGCAUUUAAAAAGUACUUGAAAUCGAAUAUUGACCUACCUAGUUGUAAUAAGACCAAUUCAAGAAAAAGCCCUGAUGAGAGUUUUGGAUAUGGAAAAUCCUCUAGCCAAGAUACGUCCAAUUCUAAUCUUGAGAAAAUUCAAAAUGGAGUAAUACCCUGUGAUGAUAACCGGUGUGGAAACAUUUUCACCAAUAAACAAUCCCUUAUUCAAUAUCAGAAUGCUGCAACUAGGGAGAAAACCUGUUUAUGUAUUACAUGUGGAAAAGCCUUUGCCAAGAAGUCACAGCUUAUUGUACACCAACGAAUUCAUACUGGAAAGAAACCAUAUGAAUGUGGUGCAUGUGGAAAAGCUUUCAGUGAGAAAUUUCAUCUUAUUGUACACCAGAGAACUCAUACUGGGGAGAAACCUUAUGAAUGUUCUGAAUGUGGGAAAGCCUUCUCUCAGAAAUCGUCCCUCAUUAUACAUCAGAGAGUUCACACUGGGGAAAAACCGUAUGAAUGUAGUGACUGUGGGAAAGCCUUCUCUCAGAAAUCACCCCUCAUUAUACAUCAGAGAAUUCACACUGGAGAGAAACCUUAUGAAUGUAGAGAGUGUGGGAAGGCCUUCUCCCAGAAGUCACAGCUGAUUAUACAUCAUCGAGCACAUACAGGAGAGAAGCCGUAUGAGUGUACUGAAUGUGGGAAAGCCUUCUGUGAGAAGUCCCACCUCAUUAUACAUAAAAGAAUUCACACUGGAGAGAAACCCUACAAAUGUGCUCAGUGUGAGGAAGCCUUCAGCAGAAAGACAGAACUCAUUACACAUCAGUUAAUUCAUACUGGGGAGAAACCUUAUGAAUGUACUGAAUGUGGAAAGACCUUCUCCCGGAAGUCACAGCUCAUCAUACAUCAGAGAACGCAUACUGGAGAGAAACCCUAUAAAUGCAGUGAAUGUGGAAAGGCUUUCUGUCAGAAAUCACAUCUCAUUGGACAUCAGAGAAUUCACACAGGAGAAAAACCUUAUAUAUGCACUGAAUGUGGGAAAGCCUUCUCUCAGAAAUCUCACCUCCCAGGUCAUCAGCGAAUUCAUACCGGAGAGAAACCUUACAUAUGUGCUGAAUGUGGAAAGGCCUUUUCGCAGAAGUCAGACCUUGUUUUACAUCAGAGAAUCCAUACUGGAGAGAGACCCUAUCGGUGUGCUACAUGUGGAAAAGCCUUCAUCCAGAAGUCACAACUCACUGUGCACCAGAGAAUUCAUAACAGUAGUAAAACCAUAACAAACUGAACACAGAAAAGCCUUCAGUAUUAGCUCAAGCCUUAAAUACUGGAACCCUGAUAAAUUUGAUAUGUUUGUGGAAGACGUCAUUAUGGAUAAAAUUUUAUAGGAGAAAUCAUGUCUGUAAUGUGAUAAUACCUAACUCAGCAAAGAUGAUGGGAAAUAAUUAUGAAAAUGAAGGACAUUUUCACCAUGACAUGUCAAGCUUUUAAAGUUAGGAACUGAAUGGUCAGUAGAACAAAUUAUCUAUGCAGAAUGUUGUCAAGUUACAUAUUCCUUGUUAUGCUACAUACCAAUAACCAGGCAUUGUGAAAUUGCUAAUAUUAGCUUAUCAUAAUUUUGGCCACACAGUAAUUCCCUAUGAAGAAAGGUUGUGUAAAAAAAAGAAAAAAAAAAUCAAUUCCUAGAAACUGCAUUAUAAGGCGGGGCUUAGCAUGACUCCUAAGGGUACAUGUAAAAUUCUUGUGCAAAGAUGGAAAGAUGGGUUGAUCAGAUUCAGUAAAGGUGAUGUUUAUGUAUUUUUCCAUCUCAAGCGUAUAAGUUGACCUUUAUCUCUGGAAGUAUCUUGGAUCUUGAAAUAGAUGCUUCUGGACGAAGUCUUGCCUUUACUCUCCCUCACUGGGAAUUUGGAAUGGUGGAAAGACUUCGGUUCUGAACCAGAUGGUCUUGGAUUUAAAUCCUGGCUCAACUACUCACAGAUUGUGUGACCUCAGGCAAGCCUGCUUCACCCAUCUGAAUAUUGUUUUUUAUUGGUAAAUAAAAGUACAACAUAGACUACCUUUUUAGUUAAUACCAGUUCUUUAUAACCUUUCGAUCCUACUGCAACAGGAUGCUAAGACUAGUAUGUAAAAGACACAUGUGAACUUGCUUUGCACUCCAGACACUCUUGCUUUUGAGAUCGCAUUCCUAUGAUUGGUUCAUUUUACUGUCUUUGAUCCCGGUGGCCUUGAUUGUUGGUAUGUUAAA